AUGAAAAAAUAGAAACAAGUCUAAACUCUAUUCAAGUAUUUUCAAUCUGAUGAAUAUGAAAUGGAACAAGAUAAAAAACCAAUAGAGAUUAUAUCCUACAUUAAAAUGAAUGAAGAAUUCCCCAUAUUCGAGUUAAUCUUGGAAAACUGCCCUACCUUCGUAUUGGAUGCUCAGACUUCUUUGCAAUUGGAGAAAUUGUAAUAACUAAUUUACCUGGGAAUAAAUGGAUGCCAAAUUAAAUCUUUGAUUCAUUUGCCUCUGAUAGACAGUUUGAAAAGAUUAACUUUGGACAACAAUUAUUUAAAAGGAGAACAACUAAAAUGCAUCGGCUAUUACAAAGAUAAAUUGCUCUCUCUAUCCUUGAUUAAUAACUAACUGAAAAUAUAUCCAGGAUCUCCUGCCCUAUAACAUCUCCAAUAGAUGUCAGCUUUAAAAUAAUUAAGUCUAAUUGGCAAUAUUUUUGAAUUGGAUGAAGAAGACAACUUAACUACUCCUAAAGAAGAAGUUGAAUAUGUUGAAAUGAGAAUUCAGAUUUUUAACUUAAUGCCUAAUCUAAUCUAUUUGGAUUGUAUAGAAAGGUCAAAACUAAUCUAGGAUGAAAAGUUCUUUAAUAACUAUAAUGAAGAGAAUGAAUAUUUAUCCUUAUAUGUCAGUAAAUCAGUUACCUAAUAUGAAACAAGUAGAAGUCAGAGCAUGAUAUCGGUUAAAAAGAAUGGCACCAUGAGAAUAAAGGAAGAAAAUUCCAAUUUACACCAACGUGAUGAGAAGAAAACACCAACUAGAUAAUUAAGAUAGUAAAAAAGAAAGAUGUAUGUUUAUGAUUGA